AUGUUUCAACAAACUCAAUCAAAUAAUAAUUUACCUUCAAAUUAUCUUCAAUUUCAUGAAAAUGCAUUUGUUUCUCCUCUUAAUCUUAUUAAUGUUACACAUCCUGCACCGAUUUCUUUUGGUCGAGCUCCACAUUUUCUUCAACAAACUAUUCCACGAUAUGAUACAUCAGUAUCAUCAUCAUCAUCAUCAUCACCUCAGCUUCAAUCGAUUGAUGCAAAUAAAUUACAUAUGUAUCAAUUUUUAGCAAAACGUAAACUUAAAGAAGAUCAAUGGAAAAAAGAAAUGAAUGAAAAAAAUCCUAUUCAACAACGAAAUAUUCGUUCAUUACAACCGCAACAACGUUCAAAAAAUCCAUUAGUUCGUCCUAAAUCAGUUCCAAAAAAAUCUACCGUACCUAAAAAAGAUAUUAGAAAAGAAAUAAAUCGUUCUUCAAUAACAUCAACACCAAUUCAUAUUAUUCGUUCAAAUGAUUCAUAUGCUGCAUUUUCUAUUGGUAAACAAAAUGAAAUAACUGAUGUUCAUGAACAACUUCUUAUACAAUUACGUAUUUUACAUAAUCCACCGACAAGAGAAAAUAUUAUUGAUGAAACUGAACAAGAAAAACAAAGACGAAUAAGACUUAAACGUGAACGUAUAAAACGUGAUUCACGAGCUAUUUAUAAUGCACAUCAAGAACUUAAACAAAUCCUUAAUGAUGCACAACAAUCAGAUGCUAAUUUUCCUCGACUUAUACAUCGUCAUUUAAAUGCUUAUAAAGCAAUUUUACUUGCUGUUGAAACUCUUGCAAAUGAAGCACCACUUAAACCACAAGAUACACCUAUUCAACAACUUCACACUGCUAUAUUACCUGUUCUUGAAACUUUAACAAAUACAAAUCAUGUACUUGGUUUAUCUCAAUUACGUAUAGAUCCAACAUUUUUUCAUAAUCCUCCAUCAAAAAGUAUUCAUUCACGACCAAUUUCUGAUAAUCGUGCAUCACCAUCGAAUCAACUUUUACCUACUAUUUAUAAUGAAUUAAUAAAAAAGAAACAACGAAAACCACGAGUAAUACCAUCAGUAUUACGUCCACGUAGUGCUGAAUCAGUACGAUUACCUCGUACUAAUACAUCAUCUAUAACUCGUCCAACAAUGUCAAGACAAAAGAAAACUCGAGCACGAAGUCAUUCACCAUUACCAUCAAUAAAAUCUGCUUCAACAAUUGAAACACCAUUUUAUUCACGUUUUACUGUUGAUCAUAUUCUUGGUAAAUUAGCACCAUGUCUUCUUACGAAUUAUACAGGACGUGAAUUAAGUGAACAAAUUGAACGUGCACAAACAUUAAUUCCAAUGUUUCUUGUUGAUAAUCGUUUAACAGAUGAUGAAAUAGUUGGACGUGUUAUACAAAUGUUAAUGCCAAGACAACAACAACAACAACAACAACAACAGAUUCUUUCAUCAACAACUGGUUUCGAAGUUUUAGAAACACCAGAAGAACGUACGCGUCGAACUAAUAUUGAUACUUAUCAAACACAGAUAUCUACAUGGGAAGAUGAAAUGUCACAAAUUCGACAACGUAUUCAAAAUUAUAAAACAAAUCGAUUAGAACAAGAAACAACAAUACAAAAAACAAUUAAAUUUCAAUCUAAUCCAAUAGAAAUAUCAAUAUUACCAGAAAAUAUUCAUAUAGAUAGACCACAUCUUGAAUAUACACUUGAUGAUUUUCCAAUAAAAUCAAAUGAAAAUAAACAAGCAUUUGAAAAAACAAUUAUACAAUCUCCAUCUCGAAAUUCUAUUCGAUUACAUAAUUUAGAUUCAAAUAAAAUACGACAAAUUGAACGUUAUCAACGAGAUUUUCGAAAUUAUUUACAAAGAACAGAAUCAGCUAAACAAGAUAAUUUUGAUCCAUGUCAAGUUAUUAAUAGAUUAUCAGAAUUUCUACUUGAUGAAGCAUUACUUUCUGUUGUUAAUGAAAUUGAAUUAUUAACUAUUGAAUUAAGUCAAAAAUUAGUUGAAAAUGAAUUACUUGGUCGAGAAAUAUCAUUAGCUGAUGUUGCAAAAGAACAAAAACAACAACAACAACAACAACAAUAUCGACGUCCAUUACAACAAAUUGAUCGAAAACAUUCACCAUCACCUUUAAGUGAACGAUAUACAUCAAGUUUUGAAGAAGAUAUUAAUACUGAAAGUAAAAUAACUCCUUCAGAUGAUGAUGAUGAUGAAAAUAUUCGACAUCGAAAAUUACCAAUGGAAGGUACAGGUCGUUUUACAACAACAACAGCAUUUGAACAACGAAAAUUACCACGAAAUCAAUUAUCAUCAUCAACAUCAACAUCAUCAUCAUCGAUGACUAAUUCAGCAAAAGGUAUUAUUCUUAAACCAACAAUUAUUGUUAAAAAACCAAGUUCAAUUCAUGAAGAUAAUGAUCAAUUCUCUGAUCGUGAUGCUGAUUCAUUAGUAUCAUCAAAAGAACGUCAACAACAAUUACGACAUCAAUCAAGUGCUGAUGAUGAUGAUGAUGAUGAUGAUGAAGAUCUAUUAUUAAGUACAAAAACUGGCGAAAAAAUAUAUUCAACUGAUUUUGAAGAAUCAAAAAGUAAACAACUUCGUAAUAUUAGUAAUUAUGAUGAUGAAGAUGAUGAUGAUAUUGCUGAUACAACGAAAUUAUCUGCUCGAUCAUUAAAUACUGCUCAACGUCGUUCAGUUGAUAGUGAUGAUGAUGAUGAUGAUGAUGAUGUUUAA